AUGGACGCCGCCAAGCACGACGUCUUCCACCUCUCCUACCUCCUCCUCGCCUUCCACAGCCUCUCCUUCACGCUCCUCUUCAUUGCCUCCGUCGUCGGCGCCUCCUGUCGCGGCUGGUGGCUCCCUUGCAGCCUCUCCCUGACCACCUCUCUGGCGGUGACCGUCGCGGUGCAGGUCGUCAUGCGCACCUACUGGCGGAUAUUGCGACGGCUGGAGAGGGAGCACGAGGAUAAGCGGGCUCUCACGCAGUGCGUGCGAGAGAUGCGGAUGAAGGGUGCAGACUUCAACCUCUCCAAGGAGCCACAAAAAAGCUCGAAGUGA